AUGUCCCGUAGAAGAGAAGAAAAGUCCCAUGACACUCACAGGAGUCACAAGAGAAAGGAGGACGAGGCUCGAAGUCCAGAGAGCUGCAGUAGCAGCCAUCAUCGGGGAAAAGACCACAGUGACAAGAAAAGGAGGAGUAGCAGUAGUAGGAAUCCUAACACGCAGGAAAUCCAGAAGAUAAAACAUGUCGAGAUUUUCUAUGAGAAACCUCCACCAGGAUUAAUUAAGGAGGAUGAACCUAAACCAGAAGACUGCAUACCAGACUUACCAGGCAAUGAAUAUGCCAGAGAUUUCCUAGCUCAUGCUCCUACCAAGGGUUUGUGGAUGCCAUUGGGCAAGGAAGUUAAAGUAAUGCAGUGUUGGAGGUGUAAACAGUAUGGGCACAGAACUGGUGAUCGUGAGUGUCCCUUCUUCAUCAAAGGCAAUCAGAAGAUUGAGCAGUUCAGAGUUGCUCACGAAGACCCAAUGUAUGGCUUAAUAAAGGAAAAGGAAAAUCAAGAAAAACAACUGAGGAUUGCACAGCUGAAAAAACUACUUGACGAUUCAACAUCUGAAGAAAGCAGUGAUAGCAGUGACAGUUCCCAAGAAAAACAUAAGAAAAAGAAAAAGAAGAAAGACAAAAAGAAGAAAAAGAAGAAGAAAAGCGCAAAUCUUCUCACAAGAGCUCUGAUUCAGACU